AUUUAAGUUUGGGUCACAUGGCGCUUGAGUAUUCUCAGAUACAGAAGCCACCUAAUCCAUUUCUAUGACAACGUUGUAACUUGAAUGGAUUUUGUUUUAAAAUUACAGUAUGGUCCAGAAUAUGUACUACAGCGUCAUAAAGCUGUUUUUUCGUUCCAAGACAAUAAACUAGCUGACUGACAUCCCUAAUUAGUCUAGCUGACAGACUGAGGUAGCUAAGUUGUUUAUAAAGUUUGGCAUUUAAGCCGAGGAAGAAAAGAGCUUUCCGAUGGAAGGAGGUGCCAGGGAUUUCCCUACGGUUGUACGCACGUUGCACGCUCCAUGCACCCCAUCUUACCCUGAACAGCUGCACCUUCUCAGAAACGCCUUCGUCUUGUGCAGGCAAAAGAGGAAAGGAGCUCCAUACCAGUAACAACCCUACGCCCCUACUACGUGCCCAAUGGAGGACAGAAAUGUUGGAAAGGAGUGGCCUGGACAUGGUACUUGCUGGUCGGAAAUGGAACUCAAAAUUGAUGAGCCCCAAAAAAGUUCCCUUCCUGUGAAGCAGUGGAUGAUCGGUGCAGAUCAACAGUCAUUAAAAUCAAAAGUGGACCGCUUCUCUGAAAUUGUUAGAAGUCCAGUUCAAUGCCUGAGAACCCAUGAUGAUGUCUCUUCUCCCAAUAUUGACUUUGCUUUCCAGAAUACCACUUUGUAUUCCAUCAAAGAUGACUUCAACGACAACACUCACAAAAGGCAUCCUUCAGAGGAAAAACCUAGGGAUUCCACUUCGUCUCAGACUAAGGUUCUUGACAAACACACAAAAACUGAAAAUGAUUCUGAAAAUGUCAUUUUUCCUCAGAGUGGGGUAAGGCAAGACUGUAAAGGUUAUGAACAAGUAACAUUGUUCAGUGAAAGUGAGACAAUUGAAGCAGCAGUUCACAGGCUACAGAAUUGCAUUUCUAACACAGAAUUUCAGUUCAGCUCUGUUCCAGUUGAAUCUCUGACUAAGAUCUCCCUUCCGCACUUCCCCAGUGUCAGCCAUGGAUCUAGUUUGGACUCAAAUGUUCUGUCACCUGAACUUCAUAAUGAAGUAUCACCUUCCUCCAAAUGCAACUCUCACCCAUUCUCACCUGGAUGUACCCAGGUUUUGUCAGCAGAAUUACUUUGGUUUUGUAGCCCCAUGGAAAAAAAUGUUGAAGGACUGACUGAAAUGUGUACUGUAGAAUCUUUGCUACAUGACAGGGAGAAAGAUUUUGGCAAAGGGAGAAACAUGGAGGGUGUUAAAGAUCUCCCUAUCCAGACAAAUGCAGAGGAGGAGGAGAGAAGUUUGCCAGCAUAUUCUGCCAGUGCUGCUCCACUGCCAGGCCUACCUCCCAUCACCCCAGUAGACUCAUCUUGUCCUUCUUAUCCUUCAUCUGCAGAAGGUGUUGAAGAAUCUAGAUCAAGAGAAGACUGUGAAGCAGGGUUCUCUUUCACUUCUGUAAUGCCCGGAGAAGCUCUACAGACUCAACACAAAGUAUUGCAUUCACCAGGAUCCCACUAUAUGAAGGGACCCAAUCCUGGAAAAACUGAAGAGGGGGGAGCAGGUAUCAUGUCUGCAAGACGAAGUGUUAAGCCAGAGGUGAAAACCGUUGAGAAAUUUAGAGUUGGAUUAAAUCUCAGAAAGGGAGCUAAAGAGAAAAAAGCAAAGGAAAUGACGGGUGAAAGGGUGAGAGGCCCAUUGAUUGUUACGAGACCAAAGACAAGGGGAAGGAUACCAACAGCAGUCCCUGAGCUGCUUAUCAAAGUUCCCUACAGCAGUCUUGAUUCUACAAGGAAAGUUGAGAGUAAGACCCAAAACAAAGCCACUUGGAUGUCUUGUAAGUGUGGGGCUGUCUCUGAAACUGAAUCUGGUAGAGAAAUGGAAAAAGAUAUGAAAUCUCCUGAGCAAUUUGUGGCAGCACCUGUAAUAGGAACGAACAUCACUGGGACUCUCUUCAAUAAGUCAGCUCUGGAUCUCACAAAUAAUUGUGAUUACAGUUGCUUAAUUAGAAGUGACGAUAAAACCAAAGUAAGUCGGGCGAGGAGAAGUAAGACGAUGGAUAAUGUCGGCUGCGGACUGAAUAGUAGUGUUAAUGCCCGUUCUAACAGAAAGGGCAAAGCUUUAAGUGAGGUAGAAUUGGGAUCAUCAGCAAUAGUGGAUGAUUGUAUGUGGUCUUCAAAGCAUUCUACGACUCAGUCUGCUAAGACAACAGGUUGCAUAGAGCGGGAAGAGAAAGAGGGUGAAAUUAAUAAUAUGUUUGGUGUUAAAGAACUCACAAAAAGGCCUGAGCUAGGAGUCAAAAGCAGAGGACAUCAGUUUUAUCAGAAUAGAAAGAGGAUAAUAGAGAUUCAGUCCGUGGGGAAUUCACAGUUUUCAGAUGUACAAGUUUCACAAAGUGAGAUGACUGGAGAAAGUCUCGGAAAUGAGACAAGUGGGCAGAGAAACAAGUUCCAAAGGGGGAUGAUGCUGCAGAGAGGAAAUGAUGGUUUUGUUAAGGAUGCCAAAGAAGAGGGUAGUCAUGAGGAUACUGGCAAUGAGGUUGCAAAGGGAGAUGAGGACGGAAUCCUUUGUUCCAGAGACUUCCAAAGAGAAUGGGUAUCUGAGCAAGAUACUAAAAAUGUUGGUAAGACCUACCUCAAAGAAGCAUGUAAGAUCAGGCCUGUAUCCAUCCAAGGGAAGGGAAGAUGUCAAAACAAUACCUCCAGCAAGAGCAACACAGUGUCACCCAAAACCCAAGGGCUGAUUCAAAGCACUGAUAAUAAACCUUCAAACAUACUUUUGGAGUCGGAUGUAGACUGUAAAAAUGUAAUUCAAGAGUUUACACAAAUUUCUUUGCCUAUGCCAGCUGACACAAGACCCCUGAUCCCAGAUCAUUGGUCAGGAAAGUCUGUAUCAAUGCAGAAUAACAAAGAAGCUAAUGAGGAAGGGGGAACAACUCCCAUUUUGUCUAUCCAUUCUAUGGAUACUUUACCCAAGUCUAAAAAAAGGAAAAGUUCAAGAAAGGCAGGCACCCAUAGAAGGAAGGACAGGUACAGCAGGACUGGGAAAGAUACCCCCAUGGUGGUGAAAGAACAACAGAGGAAGGAUAAUUUGGUGAAAAUAUCAGGUAGCAGUCCCCUACGAUCCUACCUGAAGCGGAGGCACUCUUACCCCGAGAUUAACCCUCUCCCUGGCGGCCCUCGGCCUACCCUCAUGUUAGCUUCUUCACCACUUGGCAGACUGCCCUGUUCAGACCUUCCCCGUCAUUCGUCAGUCAAGCGUGCUCGGCGUCACACUGUAUGCAGCCUGGAAGUUGAAAGAGAAAUUGCACCUCUAUGUUUGCGCAAAGAAGUGUAUCCUGUUGGGUCGGGAAGGCUGUGCGGAAGUCAUUGCCCCAACGUAACUUCCUCUCCCAAAACCCUUGCCUCUUGUUUUUUGGCCAGCCCCCUGGCCUUCCUUUCUAGCAAGCGUCAAAAUGGCAGUGGUAAUAUUGCCUGUAGUUGUGGUAGUAGUCAUAACGUCACUUCAUCUUCCUCCUGCAGUUUUGCCACUCCCACCCCCUCCUGUCCUGCUACCUCUUCAGUCUGUCAUCCCCUAUUCCCUGCCAACACUUCCAGUGUUCCCACCGUACACCAAACCUCUGCCUCGGUUUCUUCCUUCUGCAGUGUACCAUCUCUGAGAAUUGAUGAACACAAGCUGAAGCAGGAUGAUGCAGAACAGAACAGCUGUUUCAGGCUGGAACUGGAUGUCCAGGAGAGAUGUGAAGAGAAGUCACUGUCAGACUCUGAAAUAAAGAUGGAGAGUAUGAAACAACGAGAACGUGGGAAAGUGUCACAGAUUAAAAUUAGAAAAUCUCUCCCAAAACCACCAACCAAUCUCACACCCAUGGGGCUGCCAAAACCUGUCAGGUUAAAGAAGAAAGAGUUCAGUUUGGAGGAGAUAUACACCAACAAGAACUUUCAUGAGCCUCCUGAUGGGCGCCUAGAGACCAUAUUUGAGGUGCCAAUUAGCGGACGUGAUGGAUCUGUGUCUGUAGCCAGCCAGCGAAGAAUAAAACGUUUCGUAGAGUUUCCGGAGGCAGGCAUGCCAAGAAAACCUAGGAGGCCUGUCAUCAGAAGUGGAGUUUCACGGAAAGCUGUUGAAAGCUCAAAUUUGGCCAGGACUCGUCGAGGGGGAUACGAUCGCACCAAAGAGGGUGGCAUUCUAACUUUACAGGAUAUUGAGGCAAUUCUUUGUUCCAAGCUUGAGCAGUUGGACACCUGGAUUGCGUUGGAUGAAGACGGUUUGUCAGUCUGAGUUCCAGUCAAACUUCCACUGGAAGCUACUUAGUUAUACUACUAACCAGGAUGGCCAUACAUUUUUAUAAUUUUGUAUGCUGUUUGGCAGAUGCUGAAGUUUCUUAAUCUCCUGAAACAUAUCUGAGAAUUAGAUUAUAACUUAAAUACUUAAUUACUGAUGGCAGGUCAGAUUUCUACUUUUUCUCAUGUUUAUUUUUGCAUCUGGGCAUGAACAUCCUAUCUUGUACCUGAAAUUAUAUAUAUAUAUAAUAUUGCAUAUAUAUAAUUUUGCAUAUAUAUAUAAUGUUGCAGGUUGGGGGUUGUGAACAUUCUGGACUAGCGGUUUUGGCUUUAGUUGUACUGAAGAGUCUCGGGUUUAUGUACUCUUGCUGGCGAAACAUUGUCUGCUUCUCCAGUGGCUCUGCUUGGGCACUUUUGGAUUUAGCGACACAUGGAUUCAGAUUAUGAAUAUGAAAGGAAAUGUAUCUGAAUCAGAGAUUUUGAAUAUCAAAUACGGAGAUUCCUGGAGGACACAUCCCAAGGGGUUUAACCUGCAUCAGCUUUGACUUGGUGCUUUUCUGCAGUGUUCACUUCUUUUGUAUUUUCUGGACUGGAUUACACUGUUGUGCAGUAAGGCCUUAAUUAGGAGUUCAGGUUUGUUAUCAAUGUGUGCUUUUUAUGAUGCACUCUGGAACAUAUAAAUAUAUUAAAUAAAAAACUAUCUUUAAAUGAAA